AGCUCGGAGGACCACUGACUCCUCCACGUUACCGACAGGCUUCACUGCGGUAUCAUGGCGGCGCCCAUUGAGACAGACUCCGCUCCGUUGCGACCACAGUUCGGGAGCCGCUAUCUGACUGACCCGGGCCGAGUCUUCCAGCACAACGCCUGGGAUAAUGUGGAGUGGACUGAAGAACAGGAGGCAACUGCCAGGAAGAAAGUUGAAGAAAACUGUACUGAAACUCUGUCUUCAGAAAAAGGAGCGGAAUAUGAGAACAGAGCUAACGACUAUUGGAAUGACUUCUACAAAAUCCAUGAGAACAGAUUUUUCAAAGACCGUCACUGGCUCUUUACAGAAUUUCCGGAGCUGGUGCCCAACUCAAUAUUUUUCCAGUUGGAUCAGGUCAAAGCCAGCUCGUCAUCAGGACAUCAGAGCAACUCCAGAAACUGCUGUGACAACAACUUUGAGAAUGCUCAAUGUUGUCCCCAGCAAUGUUCAGACGAGUCAGUAACAUGCGUGCAGGAGCAGGAAAAUCUUCAAGUCAAUACUCUCAAUUUAAAAGACGAUGAAAGAAAAGACAGGCUUGUGGAUGUGACUUCUGGGAAUACAACACAGACUCAGACAAAACUGAAUCAGAAGCAAUUACUCAAUACCAACUGCACAGGAGCUUCAGCAACAUUCCACAUACUAGAGGUUGGAUGUGGAGUUGGAAAUACUGUGUUCCCCAUUCUACAAACUAAUAAUGAUCCACGGUUGUUUGUGUACUGCUGUGACUUUUCAUCGACUGCUGUGGAACUUGUCAAGUUGAACUCUGGUUAUGAUAUUUCUCGUUGCCUCGCAUUUGUCCAAGAUCUGUGUGAUACUCAGGCCAGCUUCCCAAUGCCAGACCAAAGCCUGGACGUCAUCAUCCUUAUAUUUGUACUCUCAGCAAUUCAUCCAGAUAAAAUGCAGGCUGUCAUUAAGAGGCUGAGUCAACUUCUAAAACCAGGGGGGAUGAUUCUCUUCAGGGACUACGGGCGCUAUGACAUGGCACAGCUUCGAUUUAAGAAAGGUCGUUGCCUAUCUGAAAAUUUCUACGUUCGAGGAGAUGGAACAAGAGUUUAUUUUUUCACACAAGGAGAACUGGAUGAGCUGUUCACAUCUGCUGGCCUGAAGAAAGUCCAGAACCUGGUGGAUCGACGACUUCAAGUUAACCGAGGGAAACAGCUGACCAUGUAUCGGGUCUGGAUCCAGUGCAAGUAUCGUAAACCCCUCCCUGGAGGAGAAGAAGAGUCCCAGCCCCGAUGACCAGGAUAACGGGACUGUAUUGGGGUCUUUGCCAAUCACUUUGGUUGAUCCAGUUAAAGGAGGGGAAGUGAACCACCUUCUUCAAAGCACUGCCGUGCCAUCAGUUCAUAUUCAGUACUCCGCAGGUUGCAGUAAUCAUUUUCACAUUUGGGUAUUGCUUCUCAAAGGUUAACUCACCGAUUGGUGUGAUCAUAGGUUCUACAGAUUCCAUCUCCCUUCUCUCAGUAAUUUACACUUUGUUCACUUUGAUCUCUCUAUUCUCCCCGUGCUGUGUGAAUCAGGAGCAGGCAUUCAGCCGGUCGGGCCUGCUCUGCCAUUCAGUAAGGUCAUAACUGAUCUGUGCCUCAAUCCCAAUUGCCAACCUUUGCUUCAUUAACCCUUGAUACUCUAAGCCAACAAAAACCCAUCCAAAUAUUUUGAAGGUUUUAAUUAUCCCAGCAUCCAGGAAGUUCUGGAGAAGAGAGAUCCAGAUUUUUCCAACUCUCUGAAUGAAGAAAUAUUUUUGGAUUUCGCUCCUAAAUUGCUUUUUUAACUAAUUUUAAAGUUGUUCCCACUUGUCCUCCCAGCCAGUAGCGUGGAAAAGAUUAUCUCUAUCGGGCCUUGUAUGUCUAGGAAGGAACUGCAGAUGCUGAUUUAAACCGAAGAUAGACACAAACUGCUGGAGUAACUCAGCGGGACGGGCAGCAUCUCUGGACAAAAGGAAUGGGUGACGUUUCAGGUCGAGACCCUUCUUUAGACUAGUGAGAGGUAGUCUGAAGAAGGGUCUCGGCCUGAAAUGUCACCCAAUCCUUCUAUCCAGAGAUGCUGCUUGUCCCACUGAGUCACUCCAGCAUUUUGUGUCUAAGCCUUGUAUAUCAUUUUGGAUACCUGGAUCUGAUCACUCCCCAGACUUGUAUUUGGGAAUGGAAGCUGAUCAUGGUAAAGCUCAUUUUAUCCCAAAAGUUCGUUUUUACUUUUCUAAUUCCGUUAACUCAAUGUGAUAGCUAAGCCCAUUCAAAUGGCUUCUGUUCCUAAAGGAAAAGUUUUGUAUUAACUGUUCACUGUGGAGCAGCAGCAACACUAGCCCGUCGCUACAGCAGUGUUGAUGGGUGGAGGGUGAUGACAAGAGUCGCGUUGCCCACUUGCCCACUCUCUAGUCAAUUUGAGAGACACCAGUGCCCGUAUCACUCAGAAGUGGCGAAAUGUGAGGCAUUUGCAAAAGGAGAGGUGGGGGGGGGGGGGGGGGGGAAGAGGGUGGUGACGGACAAUGCACAAUGAAGUGCAUUCAGACGCUGCCAGUAUGAGAGUACCUACCCACACCAGUGUUGGUUGCUUCACAACAUCCCCUCAAAACCUUGCUGACGUGCAAGUGGGACAAACAUCUUAUGGCUCUUAUAGGAUAAGAGUGGAUAUUGGAGAACAAAGACAAUGUUUUAACUGUGUUGUGAUGGUUUUACUGGAUUUAAUAAAUAUAUUUAAUUUGUAUAAUCCCCUUGAUCGGUUUAUCUGAGUGUACCCUCUCAUCUUACAUAAAAAAUCAGGAGCAGGAAGCGGUCAUCCCUCCCAUAACCAAUUUUCAACCCAUGGCAUUCCCCUGCCUUCGAUUCCAUGUACCAACUUUCUGUAUGGGACUUUACUGAAAGCCUUCUGAAAAUCCAAAUCCAACAUAUCCAUCAAUUUCCCUUUAUCUACUCACCAAAGAACUUCAGUAAAUUGGUCAGUACUAUUUAUUUUUUAUAAAUCAAUGUUGAUUCUGCCCGGUCCUCUUUAUUUCAUUUAAGGUGUUCAGUUAUUACAUCUUUCAUUAUCGAUUGCAGCAUUUAACUUGCUGUCUGCAUAUGUCUCAUAGAUAUUGAACUGGAUGCUUGGUGAACACUGCUUAACGUUAUGUUGUAAUGGGAUUUUUACCCACCGAUGUUUACCUGAGCACCACUGUGCUGCCCAGAUUUACUAAUACAGUUAAGCUCAAAUAAUCUGCCCGCCCGGUAUUCAGAAGUCAUACAGCCCAGUAAAAGUCUGUUCAACCACCUUUCAACAUGCCUUUCUUUCUACCUGCAGUAAUCCCAUUUAACCACAUUGGGAUUGUUCCUUUCAAUGCCUUGCCUAUUUAGGUUUCUGUCUAAGGCUCUCUUAGAAAAUAAUGAUUGGAUUUGAUUCCACCACCUCCACAGGCAAUCCGUUCCUGAUUGAAUUACUGAUUCUCUGUGUUCUUUUACACAAAAAAUAAAAUCAUUCUCUGCGUAAAGAAAUGAACCCCUAAUAUUCCUAUUCUCACCUUAAACCCAUGCCCUUUUGUUUUGAUACCCUUACCAUGGGAAAUAGGUUUUGACUAUUACCCUAUGUAUUUAUCUCAUAAACUUAUAUGUUUCUAUUGGGAAACAUAAGUCUCCUUCACACCAGGGAAAACAAAUGCAAUCGAUCCAGUCUCUCAUCACUAAUGCCCUCCAAACCAGGCAUUCCUGGUGAAUCUGUUCUGCACUCUCUCUAGCACAACUACAUCUUUCACAUUGUGUGGUGGCCACAACUGCACACAAUACAACAUAAGUUGGCCUAGGCAGUAUUUUGUAAAGUUGCAACAUAAUGUUCCAAAUAGUCUAUUCUAUGCCCCAACGUAUGGAAGCAAGCAUAUGCUUUCUUCACCACCAUAUUAACCUAUGUUGCCAAUUUCGGA